AUGGAGUGAGUAGGCAGACAGCGUUCAGUCAGGCAUCAGGGCUGGAGGAUAGAGACUGCUGGAGGACAGACAGACAGACAGACGGAUAGCUACGCUAAGGUCUGAGGCAAUGUGUGGGAAGCUGCACGCCACAAACGACAACCUCUAACGGAGAGAAGGAAAGAUCAGUGUCGGCAUGGAGAUGAAAAGGAUUUCCUCCACUCCCCUCACUCUCACCCAGUCUCUCCCUGCCAUGGUUUUUAUGGGAUGUAUUCUCUGCUGGAGGACCGGCCAUCGAGCCCGGCCUCGACUCGGCAGGUCUCCGGAGGAAGCGUGGCCUCGUCGGGGGAAAGUUUGCUCGGCGGCGAGAUGAUUCGGCAGUUUCCAGUGUGGUCAUGAGACUCUGUGACUCACACACACACACACACACGCAUACACACAAACUAACACUCGGAGCAACAACAUCCACCGUCCUGCUCUACUGUCCGCCCUCCUUCACCCGGGGUAAGAACCGAGCCGAGCUACAGGGUCUUCAGGGCUUCUUAUCAACCUCGUCUUUCCCGCCUCACAACCCACUAUUCAAGGCUCUGAGUUUACUGCUUGAUGAGGACGUUUGACAUAAUGACCAGUGACCGAUGGGUUAGUGUGAUACCGAGGUGCAAGGGUCACACGCAUGCGGGCCUGGCUCAACCCUCCAGAGAUCCACCAGGUGGAGCCGCCCCGUCAAACUCCAGCGUGGGUGGUGUCCUCUAGGGUCCUGGAUGGAAGGUGACGGGGGAAAACCCGUGGAGCAUGCUACAACCAUGGAGGAACAAGGUGGAGGAGUCGGGGCCCAGCCCGCUGGGGAUCCAGGGGGGCCAGGGGCCCACGCCACUGGGGGCCCACUGGGGGCCCACUCUGCAGGGGGUGCGGAGCCCGUCUGAUGGGGGGGUGGGGGGGUUCAGUGGACUUGAUGUAAGGAGGAGUCUGAAGAUGACGCAGUAGAGCGCUGCAAGGAUUUCCUGUAUAGGGCGGCGGACGGAUACAACUCUGCCGACGCACUCCGGCCGAAUCCGAGGAGAUUUCCCUGAGCGGCGGAGUGAUCCGAGCAGUUCCAAGUCAAUGUGGAUCCGCAGCCAGGGAGAACAUGGCGACUUCACUGCAUGAGGGGCCCGCAAACCAACUCGAUCUGCUCAUCAGAGCAGUGGAGGCGUCUGUCCAUGGCAGCCGUCUCCUUUGCUCGGACAAGACCAUCGAGGCUGCGGAGGCUCUGCUGCACAUGGACUCUCCCUCCAGCCUCAGGGGAGGCCGCAGUCCAGAUGCUUUUGUCCCGCCGUGCGUCGCCACGCCGGACUUCCUGCACGCCGCCAUGCGGCCCGACAUGAUGACGGAGUCGGAGGUGGAGGUGUCCACCGAGGACUUCUGUGAGGAGGAGGAGGAGGAGGAAGAUGACGAAGAGGAGGAGGAAGAGAUGGAGAUGCAGGAGGAACCCGAGCCAGAACCCGUGAGGAAGAGAAAAGUGGGACGAAAGGCCAAGUCGGCUAACGUCAGUGGCUCCCCGGACCUCGGCGUCAAGAAGAAGCCAAGAGAAGGAAAAGCGGGCAGUACCACCUACCUGUGGGAGUUCCUGCUGGAGCUGCUGCAGGACAAGAACACCUGCCCCCGGUUCAUCAAGUGGACCCAGCGGGAGAAGGGCAUCUUCAAGCUGGUGGACUCCAAGGCCGUGUCCAAGCUGUGGGGCAAACACAAGAACAAGCCCGACAUGAACUACGAGACCAUGGGCCGAGCCUUACGGUACUACUACCAGCGAGGCAUCCUGGCCAAGGUGGAGGGCCAGCGGCUGGUCUACCAGUUCAAGGAGAUGCCCAAGGACAUCGUGAUCAUCGACGACGACCACGCCGACGGCCACGCCGCCGAACUCGUCGCCUUCUCCCCGGCGCCGCCGGCGGCGUACGAGCGCGUCCCCCCCCCGACCGACAUGCUGCUCCAGGUGACGGAGGUCUCCUCCUCCAGCAGCAAGAAGCCCAACAUCCUGAGGGGCGGCGGCCGGGCGGGCGCCGUCGCCGCGGCGAUGGCGGCGGCGGCGGCGCACACCCCCGUCGCCGGGGACAACAAGGCGGGGGCGCUGGGCGGGGGAGGGGCGGUGGCCAUGGCGGCCGGCGGCCCCCGGAUCGUGACGGUGUCCGGCGGCGACGGGAGCCAGAUGCAGCACUCGCACACGGCCAUCAUCCCCACGGCCUCGGGGCCCAGGACGGUGAGGGUGGCCAUGCAGAUGCCCGUCGUCAUGGCGACGUCCAUGGGCCAGAAGAUCUCGACGAUGAGCUUGGGGCGGGGGCCCGGGACCCCCGGACACCCCACCCUCCUGACCAACGGCUCCCCCAUCGGCACGGCGACCGGCAGCAGUGGCUCCUCCCAGCAGAAGGUCAUGAUCCAGACCCUCCCCACCAUGGUUCCGGCCACGGCGGAGAACGGCGACAAGAUCACCGUGCAGCUGGCCAAGAUCAUCACCAUCCCCUGCCAGCUGCAGGCGCCCGGGAGCUGCACCGGGGGGCGCCACUCCCAGGCCGGCAUCAGCCUCUUCGGGGGCCCGCUCACCGUGCGCGCCCUGGCCCCCGUCGCCAUGGGCCCCGGCACGCAGGUGAUGCGGCUGGCCGUGCCCUCCCAGGGCCACCCACAGACUCUGGUGUCCACGGCGGGCGGGGGCGUGGCGGGCGCCGUGGUCACCGUGUCCACGGCCUGCCAGACCCUCCAGGCGCCCCCGCACAUCAUCAGCGGCAUCAUCAAGGCCACCGACCUGGUGAUGGGGUAUCGGGCCCCCGGGGGCCCGAAGGCGGGGUCCGUCCCGGCGCCGGCUGCGGCGGCCCCGUCCCAGCAACCGGCCGAGGAGGAGAGAAAGACGAGGGAGGUGGUCUUCGUCCAGAGCAUCGUUAAGGCAGAGGAGGUCGAAUGUCCAGUGUGAGUGAGCCUGGUUGUGUGUGUGUGUGUGUGUGUGUGUUUGUUUGAGUG